GCCUGCGAACAAGCAUUCUACACUCCGUUGGACGCCGUCUAACGUUGUCCGCUUCGAACCCUAGGGGUUUGUCUACUCCCAAAAUCCUGUGGGAUUGGCUUUGAGUCUGGUUGAAUUUGUUCCCGCGUCAUCUGUUAUCUGCGUAGUUGUUCCCCGCUGAGUGUAAUAUGGUAGGAAUUCGUUAUUUUCAUUCGCAUUUGUUCAUUUUAAACUGUCCCUGAUACUGGGCGGGCAAUGGGUUUGAUGCCUAAGCAACCUGUGUUUUGCCUAAAAUUGCCAUGGGAUGUCAAUCAAAGUAACAAAACUUCUGACGCUUGCAACUUUGAUGGUCCUUGGCUAUUCAAGUCAAUCCAAAAUCUUGGAUCAAUUGCUUUCAAGUUUGCCAAUUCACUUGCAAAAUCUCCAAGUUCUCCGAUGAUUUCUCUCAAUCCCUUGCAAUUGGAUGAGAAAACCAAGGGGAGGCAGAAAAUGACUCCAAUUGAGCAAGGGGAGGCAGAGCAGAGAGCUUUUGCCUCUGCUCUAGCCAGUGGGAAGGAGGCUACAGUGAUUGAGUUCUACUCUCCCAAAUGCAGGCUUUGCAAUUCUUUGCUUAAAUUUGUUUCUGAGGUAGAGACACGGAAUUCUGAUUGGCUCAAUAUUGUCAUGGCUGAUGCUGAGAAUGAGAAAUGGCUACCUGAGCUCCUUAAUUACGAUGUGAGGUAUGUUCCAUGCUUUGUGCUUCUUGACAAAAAAGGAAGGGCCCUUGCAAAAACAGGUGUUCCACACAGUCGUUUACAUGUAAUAUCAGGUCUAUCCCAUCUUCUCAAAAUGAAGCGUCCUCUUCAACAAAAUCAAGGAUCAAGGCAGAUUGAUGCAUGAUUAUAAGACAGCACAUACUAUUAUUUGUAUCUGCUGUAUUGUUACUUUGUUAAUGCCCCGAAUACCUUUUUUGAAACGAUUCUCUGAGUGUCUGAUAAUAUUAGAAUAAUGUAUUUGGUUAGUUAUACUAAUUGUAAGUGUUUGAUAUUAUUGUCAGUAGCUUAAAUUAUCUUGAUCAAAACAACAUCAAAUAAUGGAAUCUUGAUGUGAGUUUUCGCA